AACUCUAUCAACAGUCAGAAUUAUCGAAGAGCCGCUUUGAAGAAGAAGCUUGAAAUAAAACAUCAAAUAAGCUACAUAUAUCAAAAAGAUGGAGGUUCAAAGAAACAACAAGAGAAAACCAAAAUACUCGUGGUUAGAAAAGACCUCUGGAGUGCCACUUUAUAAAAAUUCGGAGGGGUAUUGCUUAAAUGAUUGCAUUUGUCACCGCAAGCGUGGAUUGGUUAGGUGCUCCAAUUGCCAUAAAUCGUUCAUGGGUCGCAUUGGAACUCGCUGUCCAGCUCAUCCGGAAAUUGCAUAUCUAAUGGAUGCUCGUAACUGCGCUUUCUGCGGAGCUGCUGCAGAAUAUCUGCAAAUGGAUCAGAUAUGAGACGGGAUUUUCUAAUUGAAGAUGUUGUUGACAACAGACACUCACAAAAACCUUGAUAUUUUAACGAAUACCAUAAUGUGCGUAAACAAAGAAAUGCACAAAUAAAUUCAUAAGAAUUGUGUAUGUAACAAAUACAUACAGAUUUACUCAAAA